AUGGCUGUCGGAACGCAACCGGAAGCCUUCUUCUUCAAGCCAACAAACUAUGUACCAAAUAGCCAGCUCCCUGUACUUCUUUACCGAAAAGUCCUACCUUUUCCCCUUCGAGAAAAUUUAGCGAAAGCGUUCUUGGAAUCCAACAAUUGGGUUCACGGGGGUACUUGGAAUGCGGUGCCUAGGCAUCAUUUCCACCCAAAUACCCAUGAAUGCUAUGAACUUCUCAUUGGGGUUGGCCCACUGGACUCCGAGGCUGAAGGAGAAUUAAUCCAUGUUGAGGCAGGAGAUGUCAUCGUACUUCCUGCCUGGGUUUCCCACUGCUCUAAAAGCUUCAGCCAAGAAUACAGAUAUUUAGGAGCUUAUCCCAAGGACUCUCCCAAAUGGAAGAACGAGUACGGUAGAGAUCGAAGCCGGUUUGAAUCAUUGGCUCUGGAGUGCAGCUCUGUUAAUAUUCCGGACUGGGACCCUGUGAACGGUCAUCAAGGUCCUCUUCAAAAGCUUUGGACACUUCAGCUACUAAACUUAUGUGGUGAUGCUGUUAGAAUUGCCGACAAGUCUCUACAGCAAGGUUUCUAA